AUGCUUCUUUCCCCCCCCCCCCCGCCUCCACCUCAGACAUAUCGCAGGCAUCUGUCCUUCCCCCCUGUUAUCCUCCCCCCCCUCUCUCUUUCUCUGCUGCCUGAGCGCGGGUGUUCUGUCUUUGCCUUUUUCUUCCCCACGCAGACGACCCCGCCUCCCGCAGGGGGACAGUCACGGUCGCAUGUCGCGCGCCCCCUGCCAUGGUCGGGGAGAGAUGCAAAGGGCCAUAUGUAUGCGACUACUUUCCCCCCCCCCCUCCUCCUUCUGUACUUGAGCCGCGGCGCUGCGUCACCAUAUGGCGCGCUGUCGCAGACCGCGCUUCCCCUUUUCCUCGCCCUCUCCUUCCCCCAAAUGUAG